AGCUUAAGAAGUCAACAGUUGAAAGACAAAACUAACAAAAUAAAAAUAAAAAUGGCAAGCCAACAAAAUUUGAUUAAAGUAGCAGUGCUGAUGACAGUGCUGACAAUUGCUAAUGCUUCAACGCCUUUUAGGCAUUGCGCCGACAGCAGCAAUCCACUGCCGCUAAUGGUGCAAAUAGACAACUGCGAGCAGCUGCCUUGUGAUGUAUGGAAGAGCAUGGAGUCCAAAAUAAUUGUGCAAUUUGUAGCCACACGCAAUGCCAUGGCCAAGCUCAAUGCGCGAGUGCAGCUAACCUCGCUGGGCAUGAAUAUACCCUACGAGCUGGAAGCACAACGCAGCAAUGUGUGCGCUAAUCUUAUGUAUGGCGCCUAUUGUCCACUCGAUGCUGGCGAGGAUGCCACCUAUCAGUUAAUGCUGCCUGUGGCCAACAAUCAGCCGGAGGUGCCCACACGACUGGAGCUGACGCUUUAUGAUGCGGAGCGUGCUGAUCAAGUGGUCGCUUGCUUUCUGGCCGAUAUGCGUGUGCGUAAGCCAAGUCACUAGGCGCUCAUAAUUUAAUUUAUUUGUUAUUAGGUUAAGUGCUCUAUAUGCAUUGUAUCAAUGUGAACACAAUUAAUAGCAAACGUAAGCUGUAAUCCCAAACGCAAAACUCUAUUAGUCAUUAUGAAUAAAUAAUU